UCCUUUGGCAAAGCAAACCACCUCGUUUCACCUUAGACAGUCACAUAAACAUUUACGUACACAGCCACCCCAUCUCCCUGUCUCCUUUUAAAUAAUGUUAGCAACUUACCACACAAAAAGAGACAGCAGCUUGAACACUUCAUCUUUGGCUGUCUCUGUUUCCACCCCCUCUUUAUCUAUAUAUCUAUGUAUUAAAAACUCUCCUGUAUAUAAACAGUUAGAGAGUUCAAUUCAUUGGUUUUUAACUCCGCCUGGAAUCUGGGUAGUGGUGAAUUCAACUCACAGUGAUCGAGGAACGCAGAGAUUUAAGUGAUACUUGACUUUUAAGGCAUUGAAGUUUCUUGUAUUUUCAAGGAAUGAACUUUGUGUAAAGGACUUGCAGAUUUAAAGAAGAGUACAGAUGAAUACUAGGGUGAGGACUAGGCUCCACUCCAUGAAAGCUCCAAUGAAGCAUGAAAAACUUUUGCCAGAAAAUAUGGCUGCAGUUUCAUUGGGGAGGAUCCAGAAGUUGAAAGCUUCAGGAAAUUCUAAUAAAGAGAAGGUUGGAAUGCAGGGGAGCAAACCAAAUGUUGCCAAAAAAGCAGCAAAUAAAAGACAGGCCUCAAGUAGAGAGAGGAAAAUAGCAUUGCAAGAAGAUGUUGAUAAACUAAAGAAGCAACUGAGGCAUGAAGAGAAUAUUCACAGAGCUUUGGAGAGGGCUUUCAGCAGACCGUUGGGAGCUCUCCCUCGCCUUCCUCCGUAUCUUCCUCGUACUACGUUGGAGCUGCUUGCAGAAGUGGCUGUUUUGGAAGAGGAGGUGGUUCGGCUUGAGGAACAGGUUGUCCAUUUUAGGCAAGAUUUGUACCAAGAGGCUGUCUACAUGUCAAGCUCCAAGAGGAACGUGGAAAGUGUUUCCGAUUUAUAUCACUUGUACCCAAAUAAGAACCCCAAGCCAGAUCAGUCGAAAUCCUUAGCUCAGAAUGUGGAUGAGUCAGCGACAUCCACGAUAAGGCAUUUGCCAUCCCUUUCUGCAGAUGGAACAGGGAAAGAGAAUGCAUUCUCUACAGCUAAUUCUAGGAAGAACAGCAAAGGAUCCUCAAUCAAUAAAGCUCAGACAAGCAGAAAUAUGGUGAAAAGACCGUCUGAGGACAAUAGACCAGCAGAGAAAAAAUUAGAUUCUCACAAGUCACAGCUAGAAUGCAGAGUACCAGACCAAGAAAAUGCAGAAGCAAGAAGUCAUGUUACUGCAAGCGAAGGGGUAACAGGAGAUGCAAGCCCAAACAAGCUGUCUGAGGACAUCUUGAAAUGCUUGUCAAGUAUUUUCGUACGGAUGAGCUCAAUGAAGAAUAGGCGUACUGCAGAUAAUUUAUCUUUCUUGUCAACAUUAGUCUCUCAAGAAAACGAGGAAGAAGCCGAAUGUCAGGAUCCUUAUGGUAUAUGUUCAGAGUUUGGGAAGAGAGAUAUUGGUCCAUAUAAGCGUUUGUUUUCAAUAGAAUCUGGGACGAUUAAUCCCAACCGAACAUCAAAUUCUUUGUUUCUACUUCAUAGACUUGAACUUCUAUUCGGGAAACUUGCCUCCGUCAACUUGCAGAACCUCACUCAUCAGAAGAAGCUUGCAUUCUGGAUAAACAUUUACAAUUCCUGCAUGAUGAACGCUUUUCUAGAACACGGAAUUCCUGAGAGUCCUGAGACGGUUGUUGAACUGAUGAGAAAGGCAACAAUAAAUAUCGGGGGACACUUGUUAAAUGCAAUAACGAUCGAACAUUUCAUCCUUAGGCUGCCUUAUUACUCAAAAUAUACAAUUUCCAAGGGUGCAAAAAAUGAUGAGAUGGCAGCGAGGAACAAAUUUGGAUUGGAGCUAUCUGAACCAUUGGUAUCAUUUGCCCUUUGCUGUGGUAGCUGGUCCUCCCCUGCUGUGAGAGUGUACACCGCAGCUCAGGUUGAAAACGAACUGGAAGAGGCAAAAAGAGAUUAUUUACAAGCUGCAAUUGGAAUUACAACGAGCAAGUUUGCCAUCCCUAAGUUAUUGGAUUGGUAUUUACUUGACUUUGCCAAGGACUUGGAGUCAUUGCUUGAUUGGAUCUGCCUUCAGUUACCCAGUGAACUAGGGAAAGAAGCUAUUAAUUGCCUCGAGAAAGGUAAAAAUGAGCCUCAUUCACAUUUUGUCCAAGUUAUGCCAUAUGAGUUCGGUUUUAGGUACCUUUUGUACACAAAAUAAAAUUUUGUUUCGUUACAAUUUUUGCUUUAUAUGAUUAUGUGGGAGACUCAUUUUUGUACAUAGCUAUAGGAUAAUAUCAAAGUUUAAUGUGUAAUUCGGUUUCAUUGUAAGCAUCUGUAAGAAAAUUUCUCUCUUCCAUUAAGAUAUUCUGCUGAGAGAAUGCCCGUGGAAGGGUUAUACAUAAUAAAAUGAUGGAAGGUUUUAUAUAA